CGCGGGAUGCAGCCGUCCCGCUAUGUUUGGCCCCGGCGGUUCUGAUCCCUGACUAAAGAUGGCGCUGGGCUCGGCCGCGCUGCCCGCUCGGAACAUGACGGGGGGCGGGCGCGGGGCGCGGGUCCUGCUGCUGCUGCUCCUCAGCGGCUGCUUGGGCGAGCAGCCCCCGGCCGCCGCCGCCGGCGUCCCCUCCGCCGCCUCGGCCGGGGGCAGCGGGGCGCCGGGCGACGCGGAGGAGACGGUGAUCAUCGGGCUGCGGCUGGAGGACACGGACGACGUCUCCUUCAUGGAGGGGGGCGCGCUGCGGGUGAGCGAGCGGACGCGGGUCAAGCUGCGGGUCUACGGGCAGAACAUCAACAACGAGACCUGGUCCCGCAUCGCCUUCACCGAGCACGAGCGGCGGCGGAGCGGGCGGCCGCCGGCCGAGCAGGAGGACGGGCCGCCGGAGGGCAGCUCCCCGCAGCGCUGCGGCAUCCGCACCUCGGACAUCAUCAUCCUGCCGCACAUCGUGCUCAACCGCCGCACCUCGGGCAUCAUCGAGAUCGAGAUCAAGCCCCUGCGCAAGACCGAGAAGAGCAAGUCCUACUACCUGUGCACCUCGGUGUCGGGCCCGGCCGCGCUGGGGGCCGCCGGCCCCCCCGGGGGCGGCCCGGUGGGGGCCGACGGCCCCGCCGGCCCCCCGCCCUGGACCGAGACCACCUGGAUCUACCACGAUGGCGAGGACACGAAGAUGAUCGUGGGCGAGGAGAAGAAGUUCCUGCUGCCCUUCUGGCUGCAGGUGAUCUUCAUCUCGCUGCUCCUCGGCCUCUCGGGCAUGUUCAGCGGCCUCAACCUGGGCCUCAUGGCCCUGGACCCCAUGGAGCUGCGCAUCGUGCAGAACUGCGGCACCGACAAGGAGAAGAACUACGCCAAGCGCAUCGAGCCGGUGCGCCGCCAGGGCAACUACCUGCUGUGCUCCCUGCUGCUGGGCAACGUGCUGGUCAACACCACCCUCACCAUCCUGCUGGAUGACAUCGCCGGCUCUGGGCUGGUAGCCGUGGUGGUCUCCACCAUCGGCAUAGUCAUCUUCGGCGAGAUCGUGCCGCAGGCCAUCUGCUCCCGUCAUGGCUUGGCCGUGGGUGCCAACACCAUCUUCCUCACCAAGUUCUUCAUGAUGAUGACUUUCCCAGCCUCCUACCCUGUCAGCAAGCUGCUGGACUGCGUGUUGGGCCAGGAGAUCGGCACGGUCUACAACCGCGAGAAGCUGCUUGAGAUGCUGCGGGUCACCGACCCUUACAACGAUCUGGUCAAGGAGGAGCUUAACAUCAUCCAAGGGGCGCUGGAGCUGCGCACCAAGACGGUGGAGGACGUGAUGACCCCACUCCGAGACUGCUUCAUGAUCGCCGCUGAGGCUGUUCUGGACUUCAACACCAUGUCUGAGAUCAUGGAGAGUGGCUACACUCGCAUCCCCGUCUUCGAGGGCGAACGCUCCAACAUUGUGGACCUGCUCUUCGUCAAGGACCUGGCCUUUGUGGACCCAGAUGACUGCACCCCGCUCAAGACCAUCACUCGCUUCUACAACCACCCGCUGCACUUUGUCUUCAACGAUACCAAGCUUGAUGCCAUGCUGGAGGAGUUCAAGAAAGGCAAAUCUCAUCUGGCAAUAGUACAGCGAGUCAACAAUGAAGGGGAAGGAGAUCCUUUUUAUGAAGUCCUGGGGAUUGUCACGUUAGAAGAUGUGAUUGAAGAAAUCAUCAAGUCUGAGAUUCUAGAUGAAACUGAUUUGUACACUGAUAACAAGACGAAAAAAAAAGUAGCCCAUCGGGACAGGAAGCAGGACUUCUCUGCCUUCAAACAGACAGACAGUGAGAUGAAGGUUAAAAUAUCACCACAGCUCCUCCUGGCAAUGCACCGUUUCCUGGCAACAGAAGUAGAAGCAUUUGGCCCAUCCCAGAUGUCAGAGAAGAUCCUCCUAAGGCUGCUAAAACAUCCUAAUGUCAUCCAGGAGCUGAAAUACGAUGAGAAGAACAAGAAAGCCCCAGAAUACUACCUCUACCAGAGAAACAAGCCUGUCGACUACUUCAUUCUCAUUUUACAGGGGAAAGUGGAAGUGGAGGCUGGGAAAGAGGGAAUGAAGUUUGAAGCUGGUGCUUUUUCCUAUUAUGGGGUGAUGGCCCUCACAGCAUCGCCAGUUCCCUUGUCCCUGUCUCGUACCUUUGUUGUCAGCAGAACAGAAUUAUUAGCAGCAGGUUCUCCAGCUGAAAACAAGUCACCCCCUCGUCCUUGUGGCUUGAACCAUUCGGACUCUCUAAAUAGAGGUGAUCGCAUUGAAGCGGUGACACCAACGUUGGGGAGCAGCAACAACCAGUUGAAUGCAUCUUUCCUUCAGGUGUACGUCCCAGACUACUCAGUGAAAGCACUCUCAGAUAUUCAGUUUGUCAAGGAUUUCAAGUUAUCAUCUUCCUUCCCUGAAGACAUCUUCUGAGUCCCUUUCAGGAGGAGGCCGGAUACUGUGCUCCUUAAAACUUAGUGACAAAAGUGCUGGACAUCUCUGAAAACCCAAACUCUCUGAUGGUUUCCUGGCUCGCCAACACUGUACCUAGCAAAAUCUCUCCCCUUCACCCUGUUCAGCUGUGAUGUGACAAGGACACCUUCCAGCAGCGAUGCAUAAACAAAGCGAUAGGCCAAUACUACUAGAACCAUCAUGGUUUAUUGACUUGUAGGCCUGACAUACCAGCAAUAGCACCUCCUGCUGGUUUGUUUUUCACUGUAUGUUACACUGGCAUAAGAUCAAAUGCAAUUAUGAGAUUGAACCAAAAGGUCUAAUUCUUUAAAACCAGGCCCCCGUUCUGUAUCUUUCACAAAUGAAUGGCAGUUUGGAAUAAGCUACAGCACACCCAUGACAGGUAGUAAAUGGCACUGCAAAGUUAACACAGCCGUACUGCAUACCACACCUUACAGGGAAUGGUAACACAAGGGAUUUGUGUUUAAGUUAACACCAGGUGGAGGCCCAAAGGGCACAGACAGGACACUGAGAACUGUUUGCAGGACAAAUGAAGCAGACUGCACCAUAUUCAUUUCUGAAAUGGAGGUAGAGCCUGCAGCAACUGCAGGUGCCAGCACAGGAGCCUGGAGACUACAGCUAUCUUGAGCCAAAUCUCUUCCUCUUGGCUAAAGAUGGAGCAUUCAGGCUGGGACCUGUAGUCUCUAUGUGCUACAGCUCCAUGUGAAAGAUGGGGCAGCUGCAAACUGUAUUGUGGAAUUGUAUGGGUCACACAAUUGGACCAGCCCUGCAGUAUAUGAUCAUAUAUAUAUAUACAUAUGUAUAUACACACACAUGAUCAUACAGAAAAACACCUGUCAGGGAUGGUCUAGAUAAUACUUAGUCCUGCCAUGAGUGCAGGGACUGGACUAGAUGACCUCUGGAGGUCCCUUCCGGUCCUAUGAUUCUAUAGUGUGGGCCAAGUUCAGGCUAGGAUGGGUGGCCCAAGCGCACACUUCCACCCCAGAUGCUGUUUGGCUUUUAUAUCUUUGGGAUACGUUGGUGCUUUCCUUUCCUUUCUUAAAGCAGAGCAGAGAAAAAGAUAACAGAAAUUGGGGGGGGGAGGGGGAAAUAACUAACAUACAAUGUAAA